AUGUAUGAAAUAUCAAGACGAUGGUUAUCAGCAAUAACAUAUCGGAUUGUACUUGACCAACGAUUACGUGAACAAUUUUGUGAACGUCUUAAGCAACAGUCGAUGGAUCCUAUCUAUCCACCUUAUCCGGUUCAUCGAUCAUCUUUUAAGAAAAGAGAUAGCGCCGUGCUGAUACCAUUGGUAUAUAUCGAAAAAUCACCAUCAAUAAUAUUUACUCAUCGAUCACUGCUGCUAGCUAAUCAUCGUGGUGAGGUGAGCUUUCCAGGUGGACGCUUGGAGCAAGGCGAAACUUACGAGCAGGCAGCAUUACGUGAAAGUGCAGAAGAGUUUGGCUUAUAUUCCUAUCAAGUUCAAGUUUGGGGUCGCUUAAAGCCUAUAAUAGCACGUAAUCCUAUAAGCACUGUAAUUCCAGUUGUUGGUUUAGUACAAAAUAUUACCGAUUUCAAUACAAUCAAAGCAAAAGAUGACGAAGUGCAAACUGUUUUCGCUGCACCAAUUGAUGAACUUUGCACCAAACAUCAUUAUACACAUUUCAGAAAAGGUAAUAUAAACUAUAAAUUACCGGUUUUUUUCACUUCACGUCAUUACAUUCUUGCGGCAAAUGUAACACCGCAAAAUGAAUACCGAAUUUGGGGUUUAACUGCCGGAAUGCUUCACCUUGCACUGCUCAAUUUGUUCCCUGAAUUUUAUCAGCCGAAAAUUUAA